AUGAAAAACCAGCUCCAAGAUUGCACAGAGUCGGUUCAGGCUAAGCCGUUGGUGAAUGAGACUCUGCGACAGCUCGAGGCAGCGAAAAGAACUGUCGAGUUCUUGAGGUUAGAUGCUGCAAAAGCUGUGCAUGGAUAUAACUCUUCUGCUUUAGAGUUAAACGAGUCUAGAACACGGGUGAAAUCAAUCGGCAGUAAUUUGAAAAUAGAAGCAGAAAGAUUGGGAAAGGGAGAUAGCACUAAUCAUAUUGAAAUCGAGUUUCGUUCUUUGAGAUCUGAGGUUGAAUUACUUAGGUCUGCGAUUGAGAUUGCCGAGAUUAAAUUUCAGGAAGAACAGAUUCAGAACACAGUCAAGAUUAGGAACGCUUACGAGUUAAUCGAACGGAUAAAAUACGAAUCGAGUCAGAAGGAAUCAGAACUAGAAAGAAAGAAAGCUGAAAUUGAGGAGUUGAAGGAGAAAUUGUUGGAUAAGGAAAAUGAGUUGCAAGGUAUUGUAGAUGAGAAUGAGAAGUUGAAUUCGAAGCUUGAAAAAAGUGUAUCGUUGUCAACGAAGAAAGAACGCGAACUUAAGGAGGAGCUUAAAAGGUUAGACGAAUGUGUGGCCGUAAUGAAGGGUGAAAUGAUGGAUAAAGAGACAACAUUGCAAAGUAUAUCAGAAGAGAAUGAAAUUCUGAAGAUGGAAAUCAAUAAGAGGUUCACAUUCUCACACGUUGGUAUGAUGAGCGAUGAAGUUGCAGCCGAAAUAGGGGCGGCCAAGGCUGCAGAACGCGACGCAUUCGCGAAACUUAAGAUAAUGAUUGAGGAGGCAGAUAGGAGUAAUAACAAGGCGGCUAGAGUGACUGAGAUGCUCGAAGCAGCACGAGCGGCGAAUACGGAAAAAGAAGCUGAGUUGAAGAGAAUCAAAGUGCAAUGUGAUCAGUGGAGGAAGGCUGCCGAGACAGCUGCUGCUAUGUUUUCGGCAGGGAAAAAUGGAAACAUCGCGGAGAGAUCGAUGUCUAUGGACAACAACUACAACAGCAGUGUGAUGAAGAGUAAUAAGUACUCAAACUUUUAUGAAGAGAUUGAUGAUUGGAGUGACUUACAAAGAAAGAAAAAUGGGAAUGUGUUGAAAAAGAUUGGUGACUUGUGGAAAAAGCCUCAGAAAAUCACUAGUUGA